GACUGUAAGCAGCAUGGUCAAGGACGCCGGCUGAAAGAGAGCAGGUAAGCAGCAGAAAGCAACCAGGAGGAGCGGAACCUCGUGUUAAGAGCUGUCACAGAAGACGACAGUGAGUUUGAGCUGUUUUAAAGAGAAGACUCCUGUGAAGCAGCGAUGGAUCAGGCAAGAUCAACGAUUACCAAAAUUUUUAACGGGGAGCCGCACUCCUACACCCGUUUCAACUUGACCCAGAACAUGGAAGGUGAUAACAGCCAGGUGGAGAUGAAGCUGUCGUCGGAUAUGGAUGAGGAGGUCGGGGGAAAUGGUGUGGGAGAACACCUCAAUCACAACUCCAACCGCAAACCCUUCGAUGCUAAUAAACUCAGACGCACCCCCAAGAACCUCUGCUUUAUGGCAGCUGGCACCCUCCUCAUUUUCAUCAUCGGGUACUUGAUUGGCUUCUUGGUUCAUCGGAAGAAGGAUGUGGCCCCCAUCUGUGCAGCCUCUGUCCUCUCUUUUGACAAAGUUGUUGUCCCUGAGACCGGUGCGGCCCCCCUCAUGGACUGGGACAAUGUGAAAAAGCUCCUUGCACAGAAAGUUUCCCCAGCCAAAUUUGAGCCUGUUUUCAGUGAGUUUUCCAGUACCUCCCACCGGGCUGGCUCUCAAGGUGACGAGGUUUUGGGAAACAAGGUGCUGACCAAGUUUAAUGAGUACGGCAUGAAAACCUGGACUGAUGAGCACUUUGUGAAGGUUCAGGACCGUCCGGCUUCUGGCUUCAAUAGUUUUGUUUUCAAGAACGGGACAGCUCAGAAACUGGAAGGAUUUCUAUCCUACAGUGCCACUGGAACAGCAACAGGUGCCGUAUUGUAUGCGUAUUACGGGCAGGAAAGUGACUUCAAAAUACUGCAGGACAAAAGCAUCAACAUGAACGGCAGGGUCAUGCUGAUCAGGGCCGGUAGGAUCAGCUUGGCUGAAAAGGUGGCCAAUGCUGCCAAGAUGAAUGCCUCUGCUGUGUUGAUCUACCCAGACCCCUCAAGUUACUUAAAGGAAGGGAACACCCCUCUGUUUGGACAUGUCCACAUGGGUUCAGGUGAUCCCUACACCCCAGGCUUCCCCUCCUUCAACCACACCCAGUUUCCACCUGUCCAGUCUUCAGGCCUUCCAAAAAUCUUGGCUCAAACCAUCCCAACCAGCAUGGCUGAUGGCAUUUUGAAAGAGCUGGGGGGUGAUAACGUGCCCAAUGGAUGGGGGUUGUUCAGCAAACUGGGAGGGGAAGGAGAUAUAAUUAAGGUGGAUGUCGGCAACGUUCUUACAGAGAAGAAGAUAAGCAAUGUCUUUGGGGUCAUAAAAGGCUUUGUGGAUCCAGACCGAUAUGUGGUUAUUGGUGCCCAGAGAGACGCAUGGGGUCCAGGUUUUGCUGCGUCCACCGUUGGCACCAGUGUCCUUGUUGAGCUGGCACGUUCCAUUUCAGACAUGGUGAAGAACGAUGGAUUCAAACCAAGGAGAAGUAUUGUGUUCGUGAGCUGGACGGCUGGGGAAUAUGGGAACGUUGGUGCCACCGAGUGGUUGGAGGGUUAUCUCUCUUCUCUGAGCUUGAAAGCCUUUGCCUACAUCAACCUGGAUGCUGUUGUAACAGGCCAAGAUAGAUUUAAAGUAGCAGCAAGCCCUUUGAUGCACAGUCUGAUUGAGAGCACUAUGAGGGAGGUGAACUUCCGAGACUCGAGGUCUCUUUAUGCUCAAUUUGCAAGGAGCAACCUGGAAGCAAAUGUGCUGCAGCCUCUUCAGAUGAACGAUGCUGCGUAUCCAUUUGUCGCCUUUUCUGGCAUUCCCUCGCUUUCAUUCAGGUUCAACUCAGAUAGAGAUCACUACUCGUUCUUUGGCACAGCGCUGGACACCCAGGACAAUCUGAACACUGCCGUGGCCAGAAAGGUUCCUGAGCUCGCUGAAGUAGCCACCCGUUUCGCCGGCCACAUGGUGCUGAGGCUGGUGCAUGAUCAUCUGCUGCGGUUCGACCUGAAGAAGUACAACAAGAUUAUCAAGGUUCAGGUGGCUCAGAUCAACGGGAAAAUCAUGUCUGUGCGAAGGAAGCAGCCCCAGAAGCUGCCCGAGGCCCUGACGGUGCAGUGGUUGAGCUCGGCCUCGGCCUCGUACGGCCGCGCCUCUCAUGACCUGAUGACAGACAUCCAGAACAGCAACCUUGAUGACAUCGAGAUGUGCCGCAUCAUUAACGAUCGCAUCAUGGCUGUGGAGAGGAGCUUCCUGUCCCCCUAUGUGUCUCCCAGUGACAAUCCUUUCCGCCACAUCCUGCUGGGUUCGGGUGCUCACACUCUCAAGGGUCUGAUCAACCACCUCGACGCCCUCCGUGCCAACAACCCUGAUGCAGAUGCCGAUGCUUUCCGCAACCAGUUCGCCCUGGCCACCUGGACCAUUCAGGGCUGCGCCGACUCACUAGCAGCAAACAUUUGGUCUUUGGAUAACGAAAUCUAAAAAAAAAAAGAAGAAAAAGUUUCCUCCCUCUCCUUCCUUCUCUAUGGUUUGGUCCUCUCUUCAAAACUGACAGUGUGAAAACCAAUCGGCUGUGAUGAUUCAACGACUGUCACAGCGGCACAUAUUUCAAAUUGAACUUAAGGUUAUUGAGUAAAUUUAAAGGUGGAAACUUUUUUAAAUGUUAGAAUCAUCACAGCCAAUAUUUCUAUUUGAUCAUCUCAGCUGCCUACUCCACAAUGCCAAACAUUUAGAAUAGAUUAUACUCAUUUUCCCCGCUGAACCAAUAUCAAUAAUAGUAGGUCAUCCUCUGUUUUACCUUCUUUAGAAAGAAAAAAUUCUAUCAUUCUUCUAACUUCAUUUCAUGUAAUAUCAUUUUUCAAAACGUGGCAUUUUAAAUACGUUGGUGCUAGUAACAACUACCUGAAACAGCCAUUCAAAAGGUGGCGGUGCAACUCAAACAGAGCGAGUUGAAUGUAGUGAAAGUGAUCUGUUUUUACAGCACAGUAUCAUCAGACCGUGAUCUCAGGAAAGGCUGUGUUUGCCAGCUCAGAGAAGAACAAAUCUCAACAUGCUGGUAGGUUAUAAGAAUCAAAACCAUUGAUCAUGUCUACCACAGCUCUCACAGAUCAAAACUGCUGGUUUCUCCGCUGCUGCUGCUGGAGCCUCACGUUCAAACCUGAGCCCGUUUGUGUUGGUAGCUAAAAAAUGUCAUACUGUGCUGAAGUCUGCUACUCGUUAAAGGACGUUAAAGGAGAGGACAGGCCAAGAAUUUGUUCGAGCAACGUUUUGGACAAUCAACAGCUGUUACAUGUAAUGAAACGAAUAACCUGAAAUAGAGAUUAAUCUGAAUGGUCCACCUCCUGACAUUAAGAGCAAACCUCUGUAGGCCUUUUUACAAAAUCAAGAGAGAAGGUCUCCAACCAUAUGGCACUGAAACUGAAACCGUACGUCUAUUUAUUGUGUUAUUUAUUUAUCAGUGGCAGGGUUCACUAUAAAUAGUUUUUUUAUCGCCUUUUAUAAAAAAAAUAAACGAUGUAUAAUUAUCGGGAGCAGUGCCUUCCAUAAUUAUGACAGUUAUACUGUCGAAAUGACAAAAGCAGCAUCUGCUAACAGAAGUGUACAUGUGGACCGACGGCCGUACUGAACACACAGCCUUCAGGAACUUCUCUUCAAACUGCACAACUCUGAGGUGAUUUCUGUUCCUUCUUACUGACACUGGAUUGGCCCCCCCUCUCUGUGUCAGUACAGGUCCUCGGUGCAUGUACACGUCUCGUCCCAUCAUUAUCGGGAGCAGUGUCUUCCAUAAUGUGCAAGAAGAAGAAGGUAGUUUUUAUUCUACCAGUGUGUGUCUGUAUCGGAGGCAGUGCCCUCCAUAUUUCACUGUAGGGGUGGAUGUUUUUUAUUAUCGGGGACAGUGUUUCCCAUAAUGUCUGUAUAUAGGAUACAUUGCUACACACGGCUCGUGUUGUCUGCAUCUUCAGAAGCCUUCUCUGAUGUUUUCUUCGCUGUAGCUUCUUCAGAUGGUGCCAAGUUUUUACAUGAGCUCUUAUCAAAGCAUUUCCCAUCCGUCUGCUUAGUAACACAGAGAAGCUGCGUGUCUUUCAAUUCCUCUGUUGGUCACAUUUUAAUCAAAAGCUUCUAAUGUGAUAUUUCUUUUAUCCACUUCACACGAGACUGAUACAGGAGGCGUUGCUUAAAAUACUAGAUAUGUUACAAACAUAUUUGCGACCACCGUGGUUACAGCCGUGUGGUCCAGUAUUUCCUGUUAAAGAUCACCGAUCUGCAAAAUAAAUGGGUUUGCUUAUAAUGAUGUAGUCAGUGGGAGCGUAAAUUCUGCUUUCUUUUGGGAUGUUUUCUUGUUUAAAGAUUUUCCUUGUGCCUUUUUGUGUUAUGACUGCAGUAUAGAGCUGAGUGCUACAUACAGAACAAUACUUUAUGUUUGGGACGAUGUAUAUUUGGCUUGUUUUGUCAUUUCUCUGUUCUCUUUCUCCCUUCGCCCUGCUUUCUUCUAGAAUCAUAAGUUACUGGUUUAAAAGCCUGUAAUGCUACAAUAUUGUCAGUAAACGUUACCAGGUACACGAUAAUUGUAAAAAGAAAAGAUUAAUUCUAAGUUGGAUGUAAAAAAAAAUUACACAGUGAAUGGUCCUAGAGCUAAUUUGCCGACUCUGGUCAUUCUGUGUUUCCAGUCAUGCCUCCAGUAGAAAAACGGGAGAUGAAAUGUUUUACAUUGAUAGCCUCUCUGCAAACAUCUAUUAAACAUUCAGACAUGCAUGGUUUGAGUGAUUGAGCAGAUCUGCAGGGCUUCAAUAAAACGUGUUAGAAGAAUUAGAUUUAAUUUACUGGCAUCUCGCUGAGAAUGUAACAUACACAUUAUCUUUCUUUUGUAUGAUUCUGGAUGUGGAGGAAUUGGUUUGAAAAAGUUAGUGUUUCAAAAUUCUCACCAGAUGAACAAACAAUGUGUUUAAGAAAUUAAUGUAACUGCUUUUUCAUUUUCUCCAACUGUAUACAAGCUGCUUAACUUUACAUUUGUGUUGCUGCAAUAAACAAUCACAUCACAAACA